AAUUCUCGGUCAAAACAUUGUGUGGUGAACACGAGCCCUUAUACUCGGACAACAGUGUGGGGACUUUGAAAUCGAUCUUUUCUGUAAGUCCGUCAACAGCAACUGAUUCAUGCUUGGGUAUCGAACGCCAGCAAUGAAUAUUCUACUGGGUCUUAUUUACGAAUUGUCGAUAAGCAGUCCGCACCGCUAUAUCGUGAGUUCAUGACCGCCCGAUUAUGCCGUCAGUGAUUGCAUAUAUGUGUUCAGCUGCAGCGUUCUCACGAGGCUCUACUGUUGAGAAGGCGAUAUUAAUGUUCCCCGCUUUGUUUUUAUUGAUUACCCUGCCAUCUCGGUGUUCGAUAAUUUCAUUACGCCGUGGCCUAGUAAAAGAAAACGAUCACCGGUUGCCUUGGGUCAUCGUGUGUGUGGAGGACGGCAAUUCGUAAUCACGUGACUGAAUGUACAGCGGACAUGAGUGCCUGUUGGCGGCUCUGUGAUCGUCUGACGGUGAGCUACAUUAUGUCCCGCUCGGAUUGCACACCCAGCUCGAGUAAGCCGUGGCUGAUUUCUACCUGCCUGCAGUGUGCUGGCGAGGGAAAAGUCCCACUAUUAAACCAGGGAGGAAUAAAAUACCGCACUAUAACUUCGUGCCUUUCACUAAUAACGUCCGCGGGACAGAUUCCUGUGUCAUCUUUACUUGUGGGCCAAUUCUUUGUUGGCGAGCCUGAACUGUCAGACGAGCCCGGGCGCGCGCAGCUCAAAUUCAAAAGCCCUUGGAUGGCAGAAUCCUUUUUUUGCAGGUAGGUCUAGUCUGUCGACUCUGCUUACCUGCAGUGUUCCUGGCUUUGCAGUGCUCAGUGAAAUUAGACACGCCGCCGUCAUUAUUUGCAGCGAGUAGAUUCGUGCUUUGCGCUUUGGGAGACGUACCCUGCCCCCAGCCAGGUAGGGGUCACAGUGCCUUCUGCAGAGCGAGUUAUAGCAAUAUUAGUAUGGGAGUACGACUGUGCUCUUUGGGGACGAGAUCUUGUUUUCUGCCGAGUUUGGAGACUACAUAUGAUGAGGCUGUCCCCAACUAAAUGUGGGCCGGCUGUAAUCCGGCUCUACCCGAAAGGCGACGGGAAAAGGAGUUAUGAGAUGUAUGAAUGAUGAUUCGACAGUACUUCGGAGAUAGACCCCAGGCGACGAACAGACGGACGGAAACACCUAUAGAAAACACGGAGACAGCGAGAGACCGAACCAUCAUUUUAGUCGACUCUCGAAAUUCGACCAACACCGGUCUCCAACCUUCAAGUUCUCUGCGUGACCUUGUAGCAAAGUUCGCCCAGCGCCAGUCCACUUCAAUAAACCUAGCAGCAGACGUACGCAGCGUGCACCGGGAAACCUUGACAGAACGACACGAGCUCGCGGUCGACCCCUUGGCAGCUAGUAUUGUGGGGUAACCUACAUUGUACAUGUUUGCCGGGGUCCGAUGAUGAACAGUGAUUCCACGUAUCUUGAGGAGGAUGGCUGCGGAGAGAAGGAAGCUGGACCCGCGGAGACUUUGCCUCUACGAUGGGAGGGGUUAAACUCAAAAUCACAAGCAAGAAGCUCAACCGACCAUGCGAAAAUUGCCAUUGACUUGACGGAGCUACCUCCUGGACCGGUGGGGAGUGAUCCCGAAGAUGUUGACGUCACAGAUGUGGCACCCAGACGUCAGAACGGCUUCAACAAGAGGGUGGAAAAAGUCGACAAGGCCAUCAAGGGCUUCAUCAGGUCGCACAGGCAGCCCAUCAAGUGGGCGGUCUACAUCCUCCUCCUCCUCCUCUUUGUAGCCUACGUCAUCGCGGCCGUCGUGUUGGACUUCCACCGCGCGCUGGCGCUCUUCGUCCUGUCCAUGCUCGCUCUGGCCUACGCCACUUGCCGUGUCAUCCAACACUUCUGUGGCGCCCGCAUCGUGUCGGGCGCUGUCAGCUGUAGGCAGAGGAAAUGCGGCGUGUUCAUCAGUGAGAGAAAAUUAUUAAUAACAUGCUUGGUGUACAUUCUGUUUACCGCUCUGCUCAUCGCAAUGUGCGCCCUCACCGGCGUGAUCCAGUCAAUCGUCAGGGAACCGGAGCGUCUCAAGUCGCUCUUCGGCCUCGUCUGCUUUUUGCUACUGAGCUUCGUGCUGUCCAAACAGCCUGGCUUGAUCAACUGGCGCACAGUCUUUUGGGGCCUCUGGCUACAGAUGUUCCUGGCUAUCCUUAUAUUGCGCACACAGCCUGGGUUCGACUCCUUCAACUGGCUCGGCAAACAGGUGGAAUCCUUCCUGAAUUUCACGAACGCGGGGGCGGAGUUUGUGUUUGGCCCCGCCCCUCUGUCAAACCAUGAGAUUCUGUUAACAGUAUUGCCGGUGAUCAUUUUUACCAGUUCAGUCUUUGCGUUGAUGUACUACUGGGGCGUUAUGCAGACGCUUAUCCGAGGGCUCGCUGUCAUCAUGCAGUUCACUAUGGAUGUCUCCGGUGCCGAAUCGUUCGCCACUGCCUCCAACAUCUUUGUUGGCAUGACCGUGGCACCCCUGGCCAUCAAGCCGUACCUGAAUGACAUGACGGAGUCAGAGAUGUAUGCCGUCAUCGUCGGGGGCUUCGCUACCAUAGCGGGCAGCGUGCUGGCCCUCUUCAUCGCGUUCGGUAUAAGCGCCUCUCACCUCUUGGCGGCGUCGUUCAUGUCCGCCCCUGCCGCCCUAGUGACUGCCAAGAUGUCCCUCCCAGAGACGAAGGCACCCAAAACGGCGUCAAGUGCUAACAUCAAGACGGCUAAAGCCUUGGAGAGUAAUGCAUUGGAAGCCAUGUACGUGGGCGCCAUCGACGGGCUGAAGAUCUGCGCCUACAUCAUUGGCAACCUUGUGGCGAUAAUCAGCGUCCUUGCCUUUAUCAACUCUGCCCUUGCAUGGCUUGGGGGCCUGGUCGACAUCGAAAAUCUCAGUUUCCAGCUGAUCUGUCGAUACGUGCUUUAUCCCCUUGCCUGGUUGCUGGGCGUUGAUGGCGCAGACUGCCUCGUCGUGGCCGAACUCAUCGGCAUCAAGGUGUUCCUCAAUGAAAUUGUGGCGUACAAUGCGUUGGCCGAAUACGUCGACAACGAAGAAAUCUCGACCCGCACGCAGGUCAUCGCCACCUAUGCGCUAUGCGGUUUCGCCAACCUGGGCAGCAUCGGCGUCAUGAUGGGCGGACUGAUACCGUUGGUGCCGCAUCGCAAGUCUGAGGUCUCCCGGCUCUGCGUGAGGGCGCUCUUGGCAUCAUGCGUGGCCCUUUUCAUGACGGCAAGCAUCGCAGGGCUUCUAUACGAUGAGAAUCAGAUAUAUGACCCAAUACCAGGCGGAGGUGGUGCCACGCCCACUGUGAACGCGACGAUGAAGGCGGCAGUGUAGCAGCAACAUCGGUGGUGACCGCUAGCAAUGGAACCGACGGUUACGAAAACACGACACCGAGUGACCAUAUUGUUCAUAGUUGUGAUGUGGAACUUGGUACAGUAGAUUCCCGUUAUAGCGCUUUCAAGGGGACAUAACCGCACAGCGCCGUAUAACCGACUGGAUGGACGCGCAACAUGUGCACUGCACAUGUGCACACAUACUUCGAUGUACAUAGAUACAUGUAUCCACAUGUAUGUGAAUUACGUUUACAUGUAUUGGCAGAUGUAUAUACCGUAAUUUUCGGAAUAUAUGCCUUGUAUCUGGUUGUUUUCGUGACGCCGAUCGAAAAACACCACCAAAUCUCUUCAAAAAGCGCCACGGGACCUCGUGCACGCUGCAUCGCGAAACACGCAUUGCAUCCACGCCAACAGCGACAUCCUGAUUGCUACUGCGUACCCAUUCAUGGACAGUCUAAUCACUGACUUUUCCUAUAACCAUGUGACCGUAGAAAGUGAUAAUCAUCAGAAAAUCCAAGUAAAAACAUACGCGAUGUGUCACGCCGAACACAAUCGGCGAAAAGACGAGAUUUGCUACACAAAGAUACGCGUACAAUUUCAACGGCUGAUUUUUUUUAUCGGUACUUGAAUUUGUAUCGGCUAAGCGUGUUUAUCCAAUGGCCAGUAUCAUCAAAGGAUGUAAUCGUGAAACACCUUUCGCAUAAGUGAAACCUGUUACCCCCAUUCGUGUGCUUUGACUUUUAUUAUUCUCGUUUGAAGUACGGUUUGAAGAUGCUAUUGUUUAUUUCUCGGCUGAGAAUUCUAGUGUCUGAAACCAUUGCACUAGUUGUAGUUACGUGCUUUCAGAGAGCAGUGCUUCCAAAGUUUAUCGUCAGUGCAGCGGUUCACAAGCAAGACGACAAGGGUACUAAAAACGUGAUUGCGCCCUCCUGCGAUUCAACUUGGGAUUUUUUUGCACAAAUUUUAUAUAUGGUAAUAUAAUGCCGAAUACUUUAUAUUUCCCUGGUCUUGUUUGUCAUUUUAAUCGCUAAAGUCAAAUAUUAGAGUAAUUUUUCUGUCUCCGUGGUAUAAUUUAAGGUUUCUUUUUUUAUUUAAAACGGGGUUUUGAAAAGAUUGAUCACACUGCACAAAAAGUUGUAUUCUAGAAAUAAAAACAAAUAAUACAAAAGUAUUUGUAUAUGAAUUUCGAAUUGAGAGAUUGACUUGUGAUUUGUAAUUUUAAGAAGAAUUAGCUUCCGUCUCAAGAGGCUUUUGGUGAAAAAAGUGGCUAUUUAGAAAGGAAUAGGUCCGUGGAAACAAUUCAUUGCAGGUGCUUUUAGCAAUUAUUAUUUACUAAUAAGAAAAGUGGAGGUUGUGAAAAGUCGUCGUUUUUUACCCAGACUAGAUAUACCUCUGCUCCCUAUCUGUGAAAUAUUGAAUUCCACAUUGCGUGUUUUCUUCCAUUUAGAUGCAGUGGCAACAUUGUUUGAGAACUUAGAUUAGAUUGUGUACUGGGACAUGUGAAACUGGGCAGGGAAGUUUUCGAAAAUUGAGUUAAAUUUUAAUAAGGGAAGAGUGCUUUCAUUGGUGUGUUGUGGGUGUGAGUUUUACCACUUUUUUUACUCCUUUCCCGUUGUUUUUGUUAUUCUUUGUGCUAUCUGUUUCCGUCAGUUGACUGUCUGAAAUAUCUAAUGAAUUUAGGACCUUGUAUGGAGACAAUUUUACCCCUCUGUUGCAAAAAUCUGAGGAGUGUUGGAGGGGCGAAAAGGGAUUCUUUCGUACUUCAAGUGGUGUUGUCGCCUCUUUCACGUCAAAUACAAUGAGUACAAAUUCAGGGACACACGGCCUUCAACUCAGACCAGUCGGCCCCUUUUAGAAUUAACGUCAAAUCUCCUGCCGUCGAGUGAUUCACGAGGCCAGUCGAGUUUCGACUGCCAGCGCUUCGCUCAUUUUUACCAAGCGCCGCAUACGGCAGCGACGCGAGUUCCAAAUACUUCGAAUACUUUUGUAUUUGAUUUCGAGGCUUUUACUUUUCGACAGCCGAUUAUAGUUAUAUCGACUUCGUGUGUACAUCAAUAUUGGUUUGAGCAGGUGCAGGAGUUUCGACUUCCUCAUCCCCAGAAAGUGUAUAUUGUGUGUACAAAAUAAUUUCUGGUAAUAUUUUCUAUAUUGUAUAGCUUACAUGUAUCCCUAAAAAAUUGUGAAAUAAACGUGAAUUAAAAUUGGAAAAAAGAAGAAAAAAAUGGUCAAUUUCACUGUCUCUUGGAAAGCAUCCAACUUGGUCCCAAGAGGACACAGCCAAAAUAGUUCGAGGAUGAAUUGGCCAUAAGUUGUUGUUAC